AGAGCUGUGUGCAGGUAAGUAGUUGCGGAUCAGAAGCAAUAGCUGAUGACAAAUGUUAUAUUCGACUACUAGCGUUAACUUGGCAGGCUGAUAACUUAUCCAGUUCAUUAGCUAUCUCCACCUGAAAGGACACGCACAAAAAAACAUCAGUGACUGUUCGUUUGGUUGGGACUUGGUUAAGUCUGCUUCUUCAAAAAGUCAGCGACUCUCUGUUGGGAAGGUUUGAAAGGAUGAACCGGAAGCUCACCCCAGCUGAGAAAGUUAGUGAAGCUCCAAGGAGAGCUCGUGUCCGUGUCCAAGAACCGGAUCUGUUACAAAAACAUUCACUCACCUUGAUUGGGAAAGUGACAAACCCUUCCGUUCAAAAGGUCCCCUCCCUAAUCCCAUUUUUCACUAACCAUUGGAAGACAAAUGAGAUCAGGACAGUGGGCUCGGAUUUGGGACAGGGCUUGUUCAAGUUCCAGUUCGAUUCAGAGUCAGAUCUGCUCGCUGUACUUGAAAACCGCCCCUACCACUUCGCGAAAUGGAUGGUCAUUUUACAACGUUGGGAACCCACCGUCUCCCUGUCUUUCCCGUCGCUGAUACCUUUCUGGAUUAAGGUCGAGGGCAUUCCAGCUCAUCUCUGGACUGAGGAGACCAUAAGAAGCAUUGGAGAAGAUAUUGGCCGCUUCGAAUGCUCAGAUAUAAUCUCGACGCUCUCGGUGCGUAUGCGAGUUCAUGUGAAUGGCAGGCUUCCUCUGAUAAAGAGCUCGGUUAUUGAGUAUCCUAACGGAGAUGAAGUCAGGGUCUCGCUAGUCUAUGAGAAGCUUGAAAAGCAUUGUUCUCACUGCUACCGUCUUGACCAUGAGCUAAAGGAUUGCCUUGCAGCUAAACACCAAAAGAAGAAGGCUAACGCUCUAGCCCUUGCUGUUCAACACAAGGAGGAACAAUCAUCCUAUGGUAACAGCCAAUCCGUAAGGGGGACUCCCCUUCGGAUUCCUCAUGAUUCUUUGCCUCCCCAGGCUUUGGAAGAGGCUUUAGGCGAGGGGCGUGAGGUAAUGGUGCAGUGUACUAGCUGCGAAGAACCGUGGGAAAGUGCAGGCGAGAGACUAAGGCAAGCUGCAGAACAAGGUCAACUAGAACAGAGGGCGGCCCAAAUGGUGCGUGCAACGCUUUCAAAGCACCAGCUGAAUGCAACUAUGACUGUACCCUCAAACUCUCAUAACGGCAGCAAACAGCAGCAGAGGAAUAUUAAAAGCAGAACCAAUAGAUCAAAAGCUGAUAGCAAUGCAGUGCCUCCUCAAGCUGGUGUUAGCUUAACUCGGGAGCUUUUAGCUACUUUGGCAUCUUUUCUCCCUGCAACUUCUCAACCUGAGAGUCGCCAAACAGUACCUCAAUACAAUGGAGGAGAAGCACUGCCUCAAUCUUGGCAUAGAGAUUCACAGACUGUGCAUGAUGCCUCAAAUCAGCUAUAUGCAGCCGGGCAACUACCCCCUCCUCCUCCUCCGCGUUACUACCUUAGUGGUGGAAACAUGCAGUACCAAGGCCAAGGACAAUCUUUUAGCAUGCCUCAGAAUAACAAAGCCGGGGGAUCGUCAAAUCAUGCCGUUUUUCAGCGCAUGACACAGCAAUACCAGUCAGAAGCUUCAGUACAAAACCAAAGUUAUGGUCCGGCUUCAAGUUAUGAGCAAGCAAACUAUCAUGGUGUAGCAACAAGUCAGGUGCAUAACCCUUCCCAGUUUCAAGCUGCCAUGCAACCACCACCUAUGCUCUCUGGGGCUGGUCAGGGUACAAGAGAUGUGGAGAAGGAGGAGAGAUAUCAGAAAACACUACAGUUUGCAGCUAGCCUUCUUCACCAGAUAAAUCAGCCUUGAAUCUAGCUAGCUCCACUCGUCAUAGUCUUUAAGGCACUGUUAACUCUCAUGUUUGGAUCUUCUUCAUCUUCGACAUGGAAUCACCAGAAAUCUUUACAUGAACAUUCACCGGCUUGAAAAUGAUUUUGAAAGCAGAGUGGCAAUCUAGUAACUCUCUAGUUCUUCAUUUAUUCUGAUGGACAGUGCCGAGUUCCUCUGGGCCAUUAUGAACAUGAGUAUUCUUUAUUCAUACGCUACUUUUGUUGUUGCUCUCAUCUCUCAGUAAAUCGUAACAAUUUAAUUUUGUUA